AUUUUAUUUAAAAGAUUAAAUUAAUUUGUAAAUAUUUUAGAAAUGAAAUACAAAUCCUAAAUUCAUUAGGAUUAAAUUUGAAAUCACAAAUUAAGUCCUAAAUAAUUUAUAACUUCUUAUAGUCGGUUUUAUUAGUUCAAGUGCUCCACAGAAACCACUAGAUAAGCGACCGAUCGUCGUAAAUGCUUGACUUAAAUUCGACUCAAAAACCUCAUGAUCACUUCACUCACUCAAAUCAAACUCAGAUUCUGAACAAACCUAAUUUCAAGCACAAGAACUGAAAAAUGCUGCAGACAAGGGUUUGGAGAUUUGUGGCAUGCCUAUGGGUAAAUGACGGCCAAAUACACGGAUAAAUCAAUAUGCUGUAGAUGAUUACUGCCCCUCAUAUGGUUUCAACAAGAACAUUGAAGAGAGGAUCACCACUUGGCAUGUAUGGCCUUGAAGCUCAUCCAGUAACUGCUCAAAAGAAGGGACUGAUAGAAAAAGAUGGUAGCCAUCAUCGAAUUUGUUCAAUGCAUCCAUCUCCAACUCUUGAAAAGGUAGAUAUAGUUGUUUAUCCAGAUGCAUCAUUGGGUAGAAAUCAUGUUCUUUUUUCUUUUAAUGUUUCAACAGCUGAGUUUUCUAGAGUGGAUGAAAGUAGGGGAAGUGAUAGUUUUCUUGUAGAGUCCUCAAUAUCUGUGCAUACUGAUAGUUGUAGAUCCUCUGUUGGUAGUUGUAGUGCUAUGGGCGAUGAUUAUCAAAAUUUUCCCUUUAGGUUUUCUACACCACACAGUAACAAUAUAGAGGAUUGCUGUAGUGAUGCUGAAUCAUCUUCUAGAGUGGAUUAUGCGACUGAAGGAUGUCCACUUUCUUUAGAUGAGCGAUUGGGAGUAGAAUUCUACAGGUCAGAAUUAUCUACAUAUUGUUGAGAAUUUGUAUGCUUCGGGGCCUUUGCGUUGGGAAGAUGAAGCAACAUUGACAAAUCUACGUCGUACGGUUCAUAUUUCAGAUGGGGAGCAUUUGAUGGUGCAAAGAAAUUUGUUACCUGCUAAUAGUAUGCUUCUUGUCAGCUGACCUGAUUUAGUCUCUUUUUUCUCUUCUAAUAUAUUUUCCUUAAUUGAUGUCAAGAUGUUGUAAGGAAUGAAUGGCAUGAA